AGAAGAAAUGUCCAUGAUCAUCUUCUCUCUUUUCUAUCUUUAUAAUAUAAUUAUAUAUACAUAAAUCUUUAGUUGGAAGGGGACGUUUCCUCGUUUUCAGCUGGACACACACAGUUGAUAAUACCAUUUUUCUUACAUCAAACACACAGACUGAAAAAGUUGUUUUUAGUUAAUUGCAGAAGUCCUGCCCGCAUCAAAUGAUUUGAAAACGAGGGUUAAAUCAAUGAAGUUACUGUGUUUGAUCGAUUCUCAGAUGGUGACGAUGGAGAACGUGCACACUCAGAUUUUCAUCAAACCAGGGCUAAUCUGACACACUUUCAGUCAAUUCUUGACAGAUUUUUGAACACUAGUUUUUCAGCAAAUGAUUUGAACCCUAUAAAACCAGCAAGUUUCAUAUAUCCUUAACAGAUGGCAGCGUACUUUCAUGGGAAUUCGGAACUACAAGGAGGUGGUGAUGGGUUACAAACCCUGAUUCUGAUGAAUCCUGGCUACGUUGGAUACUCUGACACCCAACCGCCGCCGCCGGGUGGCAGCAACUUCGUGUUUCUUAACUCCAAUAACUCCGGGAAUUCCCUAAACUUACCCCACGCGCCACCCUCUCAAACACAACACUUCGUUGGCAUCCCCCUCCAAGCCACCACUUCCACCACCGUCACCUCAUACCAAGACACUCACCCUCAGCAGGAUCUCCCGGCCCUCAACGGCUUCCUCCCACGCGGUCAGUACAAUCUUUACAACCCGUCGAUGGACCUCACAGAGGCGCGUGAUAUUACACGCGCUCAACAAGGACUCUCUUUAAGCCUCUCUUCCCAGCAUCCACCGGGGUUCGGGUCUUUUAGGCCCGAGAGUGACUCUCCAUCCCGACCCCUUGUGACCACCAAACCAUCGGUUCGUGGGGAAGGCAUUAGGGUUUCCAGGGAAUCACCUUCCUCGGCUUCUGGGGUUUCCAACGGUGUGACUGGUAUGCAAAGUGUCCUUAUGAGUUCUAAAUAUUUGAAGGCGGCACAGGAACUUCUAGAAGAAGUUGUCAAUGUUGGCAAAGAAGUUAAGACUGCUACAGAAUCAGGGAAGUCGACCUUCGGACAAGCCAAGAUUACCGUUGGAGAAUCCUCGGCCGCUGCAAAUAGUAUCGGAGAAACCAGUGGAAAACUCAGCGCUGAACUCAACACGGCAGAAAGACAAGAAAUUCAGAUGAAAAAAGCAAAGCUUGUCAACAUGCUCGAUGAGGUAAGACUCUUUGUCUCUCCCUGUGCAUUGAGGUAUAUUUGAUGACAUCGCUGACAC